AUGGGGGACUGGAAUUUCCUUGGAGGAAUUCUGGAGGAAGUUCACAUCCACUCCACCAUGACUGGAAAGAUCUGGCUCACCAUCCUGUUCAUAUUUUGAAUGCUUAUUCUGGGUGUAGCAGCUGAAGAUGUCUGGAAUGAUGAGCAGUCUGGCUUCAUCUGUAAUACAGAACAACCUGACUGCAGAAAUGUGUGCUAAGGCCAGGCCUUUCCUAGCUCCCUCAUUAGAUAUUGGGUUUUGAUAUUUGUGUCUUCACCAUCUGUUUACAUGGGCCAUGCUUUAUACCAAGUGAGAGUUCUGGAGAAAGCAAGACAGAGGAAGAAAGCUCAAACGAGAGGAGAACUGAGGAAGGUAGAUUCUGAAAUGCCUGGAGAUUGGAGGAGACUGGGGCAAGAACUUUCGAUGGAGCAAAGGAAACUAAAUAAAGCUCCACUCAGAGGAAUCUUACUUUGUACUGAUGUGGUACACAUGUUCACCCGCUCUGUGGUUGAAGCUGGGUUCAUGAUUGGACAGUAUCUUUUACAUGGAUUUUACUUAUAGCCUAUAUUUAAAUGUCACAGUCACCCAUAUCCAAAUAUUGUUUUUGUCUCAAGACCAACAAAAAAGACAAUAUUCCUAUUAUUUAUUCAAGUCAUAGCCAGUGUUUCACUUUCCGUAAAUGUUCUAGAAAUUUUCCACUUAGGUUUAAAAAAAAAUAAAAGGGCUUUGGGACAAUAUAAAUUGAAACAUGAGCAUAAUGAAUUCUAUGUGAACAAGUCAAAACAAAGUCUUGCUACAUAUCAGAGCACAUCUGCAAAUUCAGUGAAGCGAAUCUUCUGUAUGUGUAAUCUGUUAAUAGACUAGCAAACACACACACCAGUGUGCCAUAGCUUAAAUUCACCUGCAUUUAAGACAGAUCCCACAAAUCACAGUGGAAAUGAUAAGGUAUGCGUCAUGAACGAACAAGAAACUGCACUUAGUGAGAUGUGCACACUUAGUACUACCUGUAGUCAUCAACCCAUUGGCUCAAGUAAUAAGGAAGACACUCAUAAAUUAUUUGGAAAGAAAGCUAAUGGCAACCAGUUUAGAGAAAAAGGAGAAAUUGAUGACAAAGGCAAAAGGAACCACUGCUCUAGAGAUCACUAUUCUCCUCAAGGAGUUGCUAUAGAUCUGGACAAAUGCCUGGAGCAGGCAUCCCAAAGAGUUUUCUCUCCACCAGCUAACUGCUCCUGGAAACCAAAGUGGCUUUUAGGUAUGUGGGGUCCCUUCAAUGAAGAUAAAAACAGGGCAUUAUUUCCUAAAGGUGACCUCAGCAGCCAGUUCAGAGAGGACUCGAUCAGAACACUUCCUCCUUCAUAGGCUGACUUGCAACCAUGUGACAUUCCAGCACUCCUGGUUCUUUUGAGAGAGUUGUCCUUUGAAUCUGAGUUGGUCAGAAACUGCAAGACUUCUACUGAAUAUCCUCCAAAUCAUUUAGUGUUGCUGACAAACAACCACAUUGGUAAGUGGACUUCUACAGACCUUCAGCUUUGA